AUGUCCUCCACACCGGAACCUGUUGAAGCGAAGUCCGAGCGGAGCACUUCGCCGGCAGAGAGCGACCGCUCUGUCCAACGAUCGUCACCCAUGCUCCAACUCACAGACAAACCGCCGAGGCUCUCGUUUUCGAUCUCGGCGCUCAUAGGCUCCUCGAAUCAUGACAGCAGAUCGUUCUCAUCGUUGCCGAUGGCCACAGCCAUGGCGAAUACUCCGACCGCGAUGUUGAUGAAUGCCAUCAAGCACGACAAUGAAAAUAAGCUCGGUAUCGAUGGUGAUUCGGCUAUGAUCGACGAUGAUGUCGAUGAAGGCUCAGACAUCGAUGUCGAAUCGGAAAGCGGAGAAGAACGGGAAUCGAGAACGCCGCACAGCGACGCCGGACACAGUCCUCUGCCUUUGCAGUUGGGUGCCAAUGGGACCGUCAUCCGCGUACCCGCGCAACGACCUCCGACCUCGGAGGGGUCCCCGUUUCCAUCGGGAGCUUCCUUCCCGUGGGCAGCUGCGAACCCUGCCCUCAUCAAGGAUCAUCGUUUGCAAGCUGCCGCCGCGGCCGCUUUCUCAGCCCUGACCGCGCCUCUCCCUCCCCGUCGGAUAGGACAUCCUUAUCAGAACCGAACUCCCCCGAAACGCAAGAAGCCCCGCACGUCGUUCACCCGAAUGCAAAUCUGCGAAUUGGAGAAACGCUUCCACAAACAGAAAUAUCUCGCGAGUGCCGAGCGAGCUCAACUCGCCAAGCAACUCAAGAUGACCGACGCCCAGGUGAAAACCUGGUUCCAGAACCGUCGCACGAAAUGGAGACGUCAAACCGCCGAAGAACGGGAAGCGGAACGCCAGGCGGCGAAUCGUUUGAUGAUGUCUCUCCAGGCAGAAGUUGUGCAGAAAUCGAUGCAGUUCGCCGCUCAGCAAGUAGCCUCGGAUCCGCGGGAUCAACUCCAAUGCUUGAGCAGCGCGUCCCUCCAUGCUUUGCAAUCGUUGCAACCCUGGGCUGCGGAGGCAGCCGCGCUCAAUGCAGCGCAACAGGCCGCAGCCCUGCAGGCCGCCGCUGCCGGAGCUCCUAACGCACCCCCAGGAAGUGCAGGUGGACCGCCAGCUCCCCACUUCCUGACGACGCCCCUCUGCUGA